UGUGUCAAUGUCAUCACGACACUGGUAUCAUUUUUUUUAAAUGUAAUCUUAUCGUAACUCGCGAAAUUCAUGCCAGUGCCGUGAUCGCGACAAAUACCUCAGCGCCUACUGCAAUAUGAAAUGCGCAUAAUUCUUAACGUAAUACCGUUGUUUUGCAGGUAUAGGUUAUGUCAACUGAAACACAAACCGUCACCGAAAAUAACCAGUUUUCCUUCUAGCAGAAAUUUUCGCACGACGUCGGAAAUGGCAUCGAACACCACAGAAAACGAGGAUAUAUUUUUGGGCAAAACCGACAGAUUCCAAGGCGUCACCGUGCGAUCUGACAAAGAACCCUGCGGCUCGACGGAAUUUGCCAAGAAACUUGAAGGGUCCCUUGAAUUUUGGAAAACAAGCGGAAAACGCGGGAUAUGGUUCAAAGUUCAUUUGGACCACUCGGAAUGGGUGCCUAUCUUAGCGAAGAACGGAUUCAAAUACCACCACGCCAAAGAAGACUACGUGAUGAUGUACCGCUGGUUGCCGAUCUUAGAGAACUGUAACAUCCCCCACUACGCCCACACGAUGGUGGGGGUUGGAGCGGUGGUGGUAAACAACAAAGACCAAGUGUUGGUGGUGACGGAGAAGUACAACAUCCUGAACAGGCCGUUUUGGAAAUUACCGGGAGGGUAUGUCGAACCAGGUGAGAAUCUGGUAGACGCCGCCAUCAGGGAAGUGUGGGAAGAAACGGGCAUCUCCGCCGAAUUCGAGUCGGUCCUGACCCUGAGGCACGCCCACGGUGGCAUGUUUGGUUGUUCGGACAUCUACGCGGUAGUCAGUCUUAGGCCUCUGAGUGAGGACAUAGAGAAGUGCGAACGCGAAAUCGCGGAUUGCAAGUGGAUGGAUAUAGAAGAGUAUAUGACCCAUCCACACGUCCAUGAGUUGAACAGGUUCUUUCUGCAGAAACACUUGGAGUAUGAGAAGCACAACAUCAAGAUGAAUUGCUUCCACGGGAUCCACCAGGUGCUCAACAAAGCGUAUACUGUUUAUUCCGUUACAAAGAGAGAUCUGCCCGCUAUCGAAAGAGGGGAAGAUUCCGGUUCAAAGCCUGAAGGCAACACUUGAUCUUAGAAAUAUUUAGUUUUUAAUUUUAGCUUGUUCCACGUUUGGAAUGUAUCAAAUUUGAUGCUAUGCAUGGGUAAAGUUGGUUACAGAGUAUAAUUGGGAGUUUUUAUUGAUAUUUGAUCACCUAUUAACCUAUUUAUUGUUAAUAUAUGUGUCUACUUAAAAUUAUAUGUAUUGUAAA